GACAAAACCCACCUCUCCACCCUCUUUCAUCUAUCAUGCUCGACCAACCAAGCAAAAGGAGGAAGGAAGGAGCUUUGCAAACCAUUCCCAUAGCUCAAAAUUCGAGCUCAACCUAAGGGAGUCCAAAGAGGAAGAUAAAAGAAGGAAAAAGUUGGGGAAAGUGUGAUUUAUUAAGGCACUUGUAAAGGGUAUUUCAAGUGAUUUCACAAAGUUGGAAAAAGUCGCCGGAGUUGUCGCCGGAGUUGACCAAGUCGCCGGAGUUUCACCGGAGUUCAACCAAGAAGGGUAGAACUUCUUAACGCUAGUUCAAGGUUGAAGCUAGGGCUUGCUACCUGCACCUCUCUUACGGGUGAUAUCGACUCAGGAAGACGUGGUUCGUGCUUCCUUAUUUUCUUUCAAACUACCGAACACUUGCUCAUGGAUAUUUGUUCUACUAUAAACUAUUUUUGGGGCUUGCAUGCCCAUGUUGUUGGCCGGUUGUGGCUUAUGACUUACCGUUGAAUAUUUCCGCUAUUCAUUGGUUUAAUGUGAUGUUGUUAUGUAUGUUUACUACUGAGUAUGGAUGGAUUAUAUUCUCGAACGCCUUGUGUAAUUAAGUGAGGUUGACUCGCGGGUGACGUCACUUGGUUAUACGGCGGUUGUACACGCGCUUGGAUUGCGGUCUGGGGCGUGACAAUUAAGUGGUAUCAGAGCCAUCUCAGUUCUAAACUAUAUAAUCAACCUCUCACAAAAGAUUUUACAAAAGAGUUUUUACCGAAAACCAUGAGCAUUGUAUUUUGACGUUUAUAGGACUAUUGGUGCUUAAGUUGCAAGGCCUCUAAUUGUUAAGACGGUACCCUUAACAAUUGGUAUGGUGGCGACUUGGGUCGAUACGUGUCUAUAACGUUUUUCCGUCAAUUGACAUUCAUAGGAGUCUAAAGACUCGUCCAAAUUCCGUUUCAGAAAUGGAGGGUAAGCGAAUGGCAACAAGAAAUGACCCUAAGGGACAAGCGUCGGUAGCUUACCUUGAGGCUAGCCGGGCUGUGUCACGAGCCUUUACGGGGAGAGGAAUAGGUCAUGGGGGCCGUGAGGGCCGCCAAGCGGCAAACGCUAAUCAAGUGGGCUCGAUGUGUAACAUGAACACCAGGAGGAACGAACGUAGGCGUCAGGCGAGGCGAGAUCGGGCCACCUCCCAACGUGAUAUGACUGUCAGCCAAACCCAUCCUUGGGCAAACGACCAAGGAGAAGAAAGCACUCUUACGGCACCGGCAUCACCGGUGAAAAAGAAAAGGAACUCAAAGUGGCACACGUCCUUUCCUUACUCCUUAAGACCAUCCAAAUGUUCUAAUUGCUCUAAGAAACAUUUUGGAAAGUGCAAUGAGCCCCCGAUGUGCUACAAAUGUGGGAGCACAACCCAUAUGAAAUUAAGUUGCCCAUGGAGGAGGCAACGAGAGACAUUGCAAGCCGAGGAAGGGCUCACCGUGGAAGGAAACCAUACGGAACCAACGAUGAGCAACGCUACGUCCGUCAAUCAAGGCGGGGCCCAAGCAAGGGUCUACGCAAUGACCGAGGCGGAUGCGAGAGCAAACCCGGACUCCGUUGCAGGUUGAAGCUAGGGCUUGCUACCUGCACCUCUCUUACGGGUGAUAUCGACUCAGGAAGACGUGGUUCGUGCUUCCUUAUUUUCUUUCAAACUACCGAACACUUGCUCAUGGAUAUUUGUUCUACUAUAAACUAUUUUUGGGGCUUGCAUGCCCAUGUUGUUGGCCGGUUGUGGCUUAUGACUUACCGUUGAAUAUUUCCGCUAUUCAUUGGUUUAAUGUGAUGUUGUUAUGUAUGUUUACUACUGAGUAUGGAUGGAUUAUAUUCUCGAACGCCUUGUGUAAUUAAGUGAGGUUGACUCGCGGGUGACGUCACUUGGUUAUACGGCGGUUGUACACGCGCUUGGAUUGCGGUCUGGGGCGUGACAUGCCUGCUGCAAUUAUUUAAAACAAAAAAUUGGUCAUAUCAAGAGUCUGUAUGCCUCUGUCUCCUGCCU